GACACGGGCACACUGAGCCCUGCGCGCGAGGAAGAGCCCUGCGCGUCCAGAGGAGCACCAAGACCCGCUGCAAGUGCAUCACGCCUCCAACAAGAUGUCGACUCCAAAUGAAGUCCUGCUUCAGAUCCUUGAGGACCUGGGGUCUCAAGAUUUCCAGGUCUUUAAGUGGCUUUUGGAGCAGAGAGGGGUCCUGGAAGGCCUGCCCUGGGUCCCAGUGAGCCGCCUGGAGACCGCAGACCGACUUCAGACUGUGGAACAAAUCAUGAAAGUCUAUGGAGUCUUGUGCAUCGAGGUCACCAAUAAAAUCCUCACCAAAAUGAACAAAAACCAACUGGCACUGGAGCUGUCACAGUUCUCCUACUGUCCUGAAGAAAUCGCAGCCCAGUACCAGAGCAGAUGUCAGGCCAAACUCCGGGAGAAGUUUGAAAAAAUCUCUGAAAAAUUCUCCUCAACUGGAAGCGCCAAACUGUUGUCCGAGGUGUACACAGAGCUCUACCUCAGCCCAGCGGAGCCUGAGAUUCAACAUGAGUUUCAGCAGAUCCAGACCCAGUCUAAGCCUGAGCACAACCUCCUCUGCACAGACCUGUUUAGAGGCCAGAGUCCAGCGGGGAGCACCAUCAGGACGGUGCUGACAAAAGGCGUGGCUGGUGUGGGGAAAACAGUGCUGACUCAGAAGUUCACUCUGGACUGGGCUGAAGGCAGGGCCAACCAGGACCUCCAGCUGCUGUUCCCAUUCACUUUCAGAGAGCUCAAUGUGCUCAGAGACACACAGUUCAGCCUGGUGGGACUGCUGCACCACUUCUUCAGUCCAUCCAAAGGUCUCUGCAGCUUCCAACAACUCCAGGUGCUCUUCAUAUUUGAUGGUCUGGACGAGUGCAGACUUCCUCUGAACUUCAGUCAAACCCGGGUUCUGACUGACCCCACAGAGUCCACCUCACUGCACGUGUUGUUGAUAAACCUCAUCAGAGGGACCCUGCUUCCCUCGGCUCACCUGUGGAUAACCACACGCCCCGCCACGGCCAGUCAGAUCCCUGCUGAGUGCGUCUCCAUGGUGACAGAGGUGCGAGGGUUCACUGACCUGCAGAAGGAGCAGUACUUCAGGAAGAGGUUCAAAGACCAGGCUACAGCUAUCAUCUCCCACAUCAAGAGCAUCCGCAGCCUCUACAUCAUGUGCCACAUCCCGAUCUUCUGCUGGAUCCUCUCCACAGUUUUACAGAAGCUUCUGGACCAAAGAGAAGAACCAGAGCUGCCCCAGACUCUCACAAACCUCUACAUCCACUUCUUGGUGGUGCAGCUUAAACAAAAGAAUAUCAAAUAUGAUGGCAAACUGGUGACAGCUUCUGCCUGGUCUCCUGAAAACUGUGAGAUGGUGCAGUCUCUGGGAAAAUUGGCAUUUGAGCAACUGCAGAAAGGAAACCUGAUCUUCUAUGAGAGUGACCUGAGUGAAUGUGGACUGGAUGCUGCAGAGGCCUCAGUGUACUCUGGAGUGGUGACAGACCUCUUCAGAGAUGAAAGUGGCCUCUAUGAAGACCAGGUCUACUGCUUCAUCCAUCUGAGUGUGCAGGAGUUUCUUGCUGCUCUUCAUGUUCAUCACACCUUCUUCAGUUUUGGGAAGAAUCUGCUGCAUGAUAAACAGCCUCGUGGGUUCAGUGCCAUGUUCAAACCCUCAGGCCUGUACCGCUCUGCUGUGGAUCUGGCCUUACAGAGUCCAACCGGACACCUGGACUUGUUCCUGCGCUUCCUCCUGGGGCUGUCUCUGGAGGAGAACCAGGGGCUGCUGGGGGGGUUUGGGUCCAAAGGGCUGAGACGAGCUGAAAGUCAUGAGGACACAGUGGAGCUCUUAAGGAGGAGGAUCAAGAGGUGUGGAUCUGCAGACAGGAGCCUGAACCUGCUUCACUGUCUGAAUGAGCUGAAAGACAACAGUCUUGUGCAGCAGAUACAGGAGGUCAUGAGAAGAGGACAUAUCUGUGAUAGAAUCAUGUCUGCUGCUGAUUGGUCGGCCCUGUCCUUCCUCUUACUGUCCUCAGACUCAGAUCUAGAGGAGUUUGACCUGAGGAAAUACUGUGCCUCAGAGAGAGCGCUCCUGGGUCUGCUGCCGGUGGUCAGAGCCUCCACCAAAGUCCUUCUGAUUGGCUGUGGCCUGUCCCCUCACAGCUGCGGUCCUCUGGCCUCAGCCCUCAGUUCCUCCAGUCUCACACACUUGGAUCUCAGUAACAAUGACCUCCAGAACUCAGGAGUGGAGCUGCUGUGUUCUGGGCUAAAGAGCGUCCCCUGCAGACUGGAGACUCUCAGGCUGUGUGGCUGUGGACUGUCAGUGCGCAGCUGUGAGUGUCUGUCUUCUGUUGUCUCUUCGAAUUCAUCUCUGAAGGAGUUGGACCUAAGCAGGAACCUUCUUCAGGACCCAGGGCUGCAGCUGCUCUGUCAGGGACUCAGGGCGCCACACUGCCCCCUGCUGACACUCAGGCUGAGAUGCUGUGGCCUGGCUCAGGGACACUUUCUGAGUGGAGUCCUCAGAUCUGGGACUAGCCGCCUAAAAGAACUGUACCUCCAGCACAACCCCCUCAGAGACACAGGUGCUAGACCACUGAUCCAGUGUCUGCCCCACUGCAGCCUGCACACACUCAGUCUGGGCAGCUGUAGUUUGUCAUGGGACUGCUGGGGGGCGCUGUCCUCUGCCCUUGGAUCUGUUGUUCUUAAAGUCCUGGAUGUGAGCAAUAACAGACUGAAGGACGAAGGCCUGAGGAGGAUCUGUGCUGGUCUGGGUUUGGUCUCUUGUCUGGACUCUUGUCUGGACUCUGGUCUGGAGACUCUUAGUCUGAUUGGCUGUGGCCUGUCCCCUCACAGCUGUGGUCCUCUGGCCUCAGUCCUCAGCUCCUCCAGUCUCACACACCUAGAUCUCAGUCACAACGACCUCCAGGACUCAGGAGUGGAGCUGCUGUGUGCGGGACUGAAGAGCGCCCCCUGCAGACUGGAGACUCUCAGAUUCGCUGGCUGUAGAAUGUCACAGAGGAGCUGUGGACUUCUGUGUUCGACCCUCGCUUUGGACUUUGUGAGGGACUUGGAUCUCAGUCACAAUGACCUCCAGGACUCUGGUCUACAGGUUCUAGUCUCUGGUCUGGAGAGGCCUCACUCUGCUCUGGACAAACUUAGACUGUCCUUCUGUGGCCUGUCCCCUCACAGCUGUGGUCCUCUGGCCUCAGUCCUCAGCUCCUCCAGUCUCACACACCUGGAUCUCAGUAACAAUGACCUCCAGGACUCAGGAGUGAAGCUGCUGUGUUUUGGACUGAAGAGUGCCCUCUGCAGACUGGAGACUCUCAGUCUGUCCGGGUGCCUGGUCUCAGAGGAGGGCUGUGCACAUUUGGCCUCGGCUCUAAAUGCAAACCCCUCCCACCUGAGAGAACUGGAUCUGAGCUACAACCAUCCAGGAGACACAGGGGCCCAGCUCCUACAGGCUCUGACCAGGGAGCCCCUCUGCAGGCUACACUCGCUCAGGACUGACCAGAGUGGACCGCAGCGACUUACACCUGGUUUGAGGAAGUAUUUGUUUGUGCCGAGCCCCGACCUGAACUCUAUCCACCCAAACCUGAGUGUGUCGGCUGACGGCAGGACAGUGAAGUGUGAGAAGCAUGAGCAUCCGUAUCGUCAGCAUCAGGACCGCUUCGAGGAGAUACCUCAGGUGCUGUUUUCGGAGCCCCUAAUUGGUCGAUGUUUUUUGGAGCAGGAGUGCCAGGGGCUGGUUACGGUUGCAGUGUCGUACAGAGACAUCCAGAGAAAAGGAAAAACACAUGAGAGUAAAUUUGGGGGAAAUCGUUUUUCUUGGGCCCUGUAUUACUCCAACAAGUACUAUUCUGUGUGGCAUGACAAUCGGCAGCUGGUGAGGUCCCAGGUCCCAGAUCUGGACCAGGACCCUGGAGCCCUGGGGGUGUAUGUGGACUCAGACUAUGGGGUCCUGUUGUUUUACUUGGUGCUCUCAGACCGACUGCUUCUCCUGCACAGUCUCUCUGAUGCCUUCACUGAGCCACUCUUCGCUGGGUAUCGCUUCUGGCGCAUGUCUCCUGGAUCCUCCAUCACUCUGCGCUCUGGACAAUAAUCCAGCUCUGUUUAAUAAUAAUAAAAUAAUAAUAAUCAGUAACACUGGAUAGGUUCACUGCUGUUGAAUGAGCAGAGAUAAAUUCAGCCAUGUAAACGACAAACAUGUCAACAUUUCGCUUUGUGUUAAAAUGGUGCAAUACCCUUUACUGUAAUGUGUGUGUCUGGCCACCAGAAGAUGCACUUCCACUUGAGGGCUCUUAUAAUAAAUGCAUUACACAUGUUUAGUUCACUUUUUUUGUGUGUGACAGAUUCUUGAGAAAUGUAUGCCACUGCCCUUUUUUGUCCAAUUCAAAUGUAAAUACAUGGAAUAAAAUCUCACUAGAUCAU